GCGGGCGGGCGCGGCCGCCGCGGCCCAGGUUCCGAGUGCGCGUGUCGUCGAGUGUGCAGGCCCUGCGGUCUCUGGCGCUUGGUGCCGGUCCCCAGCGAGACCUGCGGCCUGGAGGGAGAGCCGCCCGCCACCUGCGACCGGGCUGGGACGUGCUGGGGCUGUGCUCGCCUCGCUGCCUCGUGGCCGGGGUCUGCAGGGACAGCCGCUCCUCCGUCCCCGACCCGGGGUCUGCGCCUUCUGGUCUCUUCAGAGACGUUUUCAAAGAGCUUGCAGUUUGGUUUGACCGAUUUUCUGCAGAUGGUUUUCUGAUUUAAGAGUUCAUUGGUUUCUGCCCUGUUAUUUUUUUUCUUUCUGCUCGCUUUGCAUUUAUUCUGCUUCUCCUUUUUUCUGGAUUCUUGGAGUGAAAAUUCAGAUCAUCAAUUUGAGGCUCUUACUAAUAUAACUAGUGCUAUACAUUUCCCUCUAAGCGCGACUUUGCAUCCGCAAGUUUGUUAUGCUGCUUUUUCAUUGUCACUCAGCUUGACAUAUUGAAAGAAUUUCCAUAAGACUCACUUUUUGACCCAUGGAUUAUUUAGGAGAAUGUUCUUAUAACUCUGUUUGGACGGUUUGCUGGUACUUUUUUCUGUUGUUGAUUCUGGCAUGAUUCCACUGGGUUAGAAAACACAUUGUAUGUGAUUUUAAUUUUUAUAGUUAUUGGGACUGGUUUUAUGACCCCAAAUCUGACCUAUAUCGUUUGAAAUUUCAGUGCACUUGAAAGGAAUGUGGAUUCUGCCCUGAGUGGAGUAUUAUGUAAUUAUCUGUUAGAGUCUGUUGGUUAAUGCAGUAGUUCAGUGCUUUUGUAUCUUGCUGAUGUUCUGAUACCAUUUACAUUUAAUGUAAUUAUUAAUACAGUAGAACUUAAAAGUGCCAUCUUAUUGUUUUUGUACCUUUUUGUUUAUUAUUUUGUUUCCUCUACUUGCCUUCCUAUGGUAACUUGAAUACUUUUCACUCUCCCAUUUUAACUUCUCUAUUACAUUUCAGAGCAUGGUCAUGCACUGUCUAACAAUGAAAGAUUGUGUAUGUGAUCAUAGUCCCGCGAGACUCUUAGUACCCUAUACCAUAUGCCAUCUCAGUCUGUGUAAGUACACUGUUCACACAGCUAAAUCCCCUAAUGACACGUUUCUCAGAGCAUAUUCAUGCUGCUGUCAGCUUCAGGAUCAAAGGUACAUGCAUGCUCCCAGCAUGCUGGGAGGUCCCAGGAUGUUCUAUGGAGCUGCUCCUGUGAGCUCUUUGUGUUAUUGUGGGGUUUUUCUUCUUCUAAUUUCUCAAAAUUCCCUUUUUAUUGUCAGUAGCUUUAAAAUACUUGUAGAACAGUCUGAUUUCUUUGUCAUCUGUUUGUGUCUGGUGAUUGUAUUUUCUCAUUCAAAUUGAGACUUCUGAUUCUUGGUCAUUUUAAAUUUUUUAUCUUGUGAACAUUUGAGGUAUUAUCUAGUAUGUCUAACCAGAGGGUUCCUAUUUAAAUCUCCUUUCUCCUCACUGGCACUCGCUGGAUGCUGCCUUACUCGUAGAUUCCUGCCGGCUAGGAGUGUGCCAGCCAGGCAGGUCAGGUCCAUUUGUACAGUGAUGUGCGUGGCAGCUGUAUGAGGUGCGUUUUUUCUUGGUGUUCAGUUGAAGUCGAACCCAUGUGAAAGGAGUCUGUCCUCCCAGGUCCCCUCCUGGGCUGUUGACCAGAGAGGAGGCUCAGCCUUACUUGUGGUCUGUGUCCAUCGGUGUUUCUGAGUUGCCAGCGUCUUUAGUGCCUAGAUCAGAAUGUACACACACAAGCAGCCAAAGCCAGAGUCGACGCUGGACCUCACUGCUGCGUCCUUUCUGGAAGCUAGAGCUGAGCUUCGAUCAUUAUCUAUUCCUGGGACUUACCAAGAGAAGAUUACUCACUUGGGAAAUUCUUUGAUGAAUUUAACAGGUCUAAAAUCUUUAGAUCUUUCACGCAACUCCUUAGUUAGUCUAGAGGGCAUCCAGUACCUGCUGGCACUGCAGAGCCUCAACCUCUACUACAACUGCGUCUCCUCGCUGGCGGAAGUGCUUCGGCUCCACCCCUUGACGGAGCUGGUGGAUGUGGACCUGCGGCUGAACCCCGUGGUGAGGAGCGAGUCUGACUACCGCCUGUUCGUUGUGCACAUGCUCCCCCGGCUGCGGCAGCUAGAUGAUCGUCCUGUGAGAGAAAGUGAGCGGAAGGCUUCGCAGCUGCAUUUUGCAUCAGAGGACUCCCUCGACACCAAAGAGAGCUGUCUGGCCGCCGUGGGAGUUGGCAGACCAGGCCACUUGAGAGGCAGGUGUGCCCACACCCCGGCCAGUGCAUGCUUGGCCAUGGACGCGGACGACGAGGCUGUCCUGAACCUCAUCGCCGAGUGCGAGUGGGAUCUCAGCAACCCUCCUGGCAGUGCAAGCUCCACGCAGGAGUGCGAGGCCGACUGCUACAGCCCCAAAGUGGCUUUCAGUAAACCGGAGCCCAGAUAUCCGCUGAGCCCUCAGUCCAUGCAGCACCAGCGUGGGGACUCCACCCAGGGCCACAGGAGAAGGAAAAGCCACCCCCGAGGGCGCUGCCCAGAGAAGACACUGCAGAACCCUUGCAGCGGGGAGCCCGAGGCCAGCUGCUUGUUCAAGCCCCGCGCCCACUUCACCCCCUACCCAGACUCUGUGAUGGAGGACGUGGCCUCCUCUUCUCAGAAAUCAAGUUUGUCAACAUGGCAGGUGUCAGAACCUCUGCCCACGCCCGAAACAUGCAGAAAGACCCGAGGGCCUGGCGGGAGAGCCCAGGAGUGCCCCAGCCACCUGGGGAGGACCAGUGGGCCCCCCAGCCCUGAGGGGAGCCUGAGCACACCACGCAGAUCGGAGAGCAGAAGCGAGGGGGCUUCUUCUCGCCCUGAAGCCUCAGAGACUGACAUGCAGAGCCAGUCCUGCGGCGUGAGCGCGAGUGACUGUGGAGAGCCGCCCCCAGCAUGCUCGCCUGCGCGGCCCAGGAGGAAGGCUACCCCCGAGGCUGCGCUCCUGCAGGCCCUGCUCAACCUGGUGGAUGGGUACUGGGGCAGCCACAGGCCCCUGCAGAGCCAUGCAACUUUCCUUGCACAGGCCCGGCACAUCCUGUCAUCUGCAGGAGAGCUUGCAGCAGCCCGGGACACGGCCACAGCCGUGAGCGAGGAGCUCUGCCAGAGUCUGGAAAACGGCACCUUGCCAGGCCACCCUGCCGAGCUGCAGCAGCACUCCAGGCAGACGGCCGACAUGCUGGCGGCACUCAGCAGCACGCGUGGGGAGAUGGAUGACUUGAGACAGCACUUAGACAGAUCUUCGGAGGAGAGUAGUAGCCUGCGGUCCCUUCUCAGCAGCAUGAAGGCGGAAGUGCAGACCACAGGCACCACCACCGCCUUACGGGCUGAGAUCACGGGACUCGAGACAAGCGUGAAGCAACUCUCCAGCGAGAUCGCGGAGCUGAGGCAGCACCUGCAGCACUACGACCAGAUCCAGGAGCUCACCCGGAUGCUGCAGGAGAGCCACAGCUCCCUGGUCAGCACCAACGAGCACCUGCUGCGAGAGCUGGGCCAGGCGCGGGCGCAGCACCGGGCAGAGGUGGAGCAGCUGCACUGGAGCUACCAGGAGCUCAAGAAGACCAUGGCCCUGACCCUGCAUGGCAGUGCCGGCCCGGGUGGCCGCCCAGCUUGCUGACCGCCAGGCAGGCCUACCCACCUACAGUCACCUCCCUGGCCCACGGACUCCCACCAUGGAGGGCCUGCUGGUGGGCGCUUGCACUUGGGACCUGCAGCCCUGAGUUCUGGAGUCCCUGAGUGGCGGGUACCCAGAGCCCGUUAGUUCUUCACGGGACCCCUCGAGAGAGCUACGUACCAUAGUUAAGGACUUGGUGCGUGUGAUUUCUUAUGUAAUGAACUAACGGUGUUCUGAAAAGUUAGCUUUCUAACUGGCUGUUUAUAAACUGUUUAUAAACAGUUUCUCUCGAUUGUUUUAUUAAAGCUAUGCGCCAUAGUAGUUGAGGAAUAAAGAAGUUCUAAGAUUUACUAAAAGUAACACAUAAAGAUGUAGACAAUAUUUAUAAGACUCCUUUUAUGCUAUUAACAUAUCAUAGUAAGAACCGCCCCCCAAGCCUCGGCUCCUCUGCCUCACCUGAGGGUGCCGCCGCAGGUCGGGAACCCACCUUACAUGGAGCUGCUUUCUGGUAAGCCCGGCGGCCUGUGCGUGCACUGUGGGGUGUGUGCAUCAGCGCGGGGCUGCGGAGAGGAAGCCCGGGGAGUCCCCUCUCCUCUUGGCAUUGGAGCACACGCCGCCCAGUGUGUCUUACCAGGCAGUCAGCCAUGGGGAUGCAGCACCGGAACCACUGUGCCGCCGGCCGGCCCACAAUGG